UGACAGUGAGGCGGAAAAGGAAGCUAAAGCGCUAACAGAAGAAUAAGUGCACUAAAUAUUACAGUGGGUGGUGAUGUGAUGGCAGCUGCCAGUGUGAGCAGACCUGCUGGUGUCCAGAAUACAGAAAAAUCCCAACUUACUCUGAAAGUGCUGUCGGCCAAGCCUCAGUCCCCUAAACUCCCGGCUCGUCUGUCCCGCGUGAGCUCGUUCGUGGAGGUGACGGCUGAUGGUCUGAGCAGCGAGACCAAGAAAACAGGCAAACGCAGCGGGCAGCAGGAGCUCCAGUGGAACGAGGACCUCACACUGAACGUUACUCCUCAGAGCAGGUUGGAUCUGAAGUUGUGGAGUUGUCACACUCUAAGAAAGGAGCUACUGGGCAGCGCCACCAUCGACCUGCUCGAUACCCUCCAAACUCACCACGGAAAAAUGGAGAACGUGGAGCUGGUCCUGGAGCUGCAGAUGGAGAAUAAAGGCUCGGUUGUGUCGGGCGGAGAGCUGAACGUCUGUUUGGACGGCCUGGUUGUUGAUCUGGGAUCUUUGCCCAAUCACAGCACAGAGACAGACAAGAUGCUGCAGAUGGAUCCACCCAACCUUCAUCAUACUCAGAGUGAGGAGACCCCCAGCACCUCCAUCCCCCCCAACAGAAGUCAGAGACGCUCUGCAGCAGGUGAUGGUUCUCUUGGACUGUUAAGAGGAGCAGCACUCACCAACGGAGACACUGUAGUGCACAACCACAACACAGCUAAAGGUGUUUCUGCAGUAGAAGAAAAAGGGCGUGGCACCCACACACCUCCAUCUCCAUCACUCAGACCAGAAGCUCCUCCCACAGAUCAUGUGGCCCCUCCUCCAUCAGAUAUGGCUCCUCCCACUGAGGAUCAGCAAGCACAACCUGUGGCGGAAACCUUACCUGAAGGGUGGGAGCAGAGGGUGCUGCCUCAUGGCCGAGUGUACUACGUGGACCACAACACCAAGACCACCACAUGGGAGCGACCCCUCCCUCAGGGGUGGGAGAAGCGUGUGGAUCAGAGAGGAAGGUUCUACUACGUGGAUCACAACACCAGGACGACGACGUGGCAGCGCCCCACAGCCGAGUCGGUCAGGAACUUCGAGCAGUGGCAGAACCAGCGCAGUCAGCUGCAGGGGGCCAUGCAGCACUUCAACCAGAGAUACCUGUACCAGUCGUCUGGAGCUCCUGUGGAGAACGAUCCUCUGGGUGCUGUACCUCAAGGAUGGGAGAAGCGGCAGGACAAUGGCAGAGUUUAUUUUGUCAAUCACAACACUCGCACCACUCAGUGGGAGGAUCCUCGAACCCAGGGGAUGAUCCAGGAGCCCCCGCUGCCCCCUGGCUGGGAGAUGAAGUACACCGCUGAGGGGGUGCGAUAUUUCGUGGAUCAUAAUUCUCGCACCACCACCUUUAAAGACCCACGACCGGGCUUCGAGUCAGGAUCACGUCAGGGUGGAUCUCCCGGAGCGUACGAUCGCAGCUUCAAGUGGAAAUAUCACCAGUUCAGAUUUCUGUGCCAUUCCAACGCCCUGCCCAGUCACGUCAAGAUCUCAGUGUCCAGACAGACUCUGUUCGAGGACUCCUUUCAGCAGAUCAUGAACAUGAAGCCGUAUGACCUGCGGCGGAGACUCUACAUCAUCAUGAGGGGGGAGGAGGGGCUCGACUACGGCGGCAUCGCCAGGGAGUGGUUCUUCCUGCUCUCCCAUGAGGUGCUGAACCCCAUGUACUGCCUGUUCGAGUACGCCGGGAAGAACAACUACUGCCUGCAGAUCAACCCCGCCUCGUCCAUCAACCCCGACCACCUCACCUACUUCCGCUUCAUCGGACGCUUCAUCGCCAUGGCGCUGUAUCAUGGGAAGUUUAUCGAUACAGGCUUCACUCUGCCCUUCUAUAAGCGGAUGCUGAAUAAAAAACCGACCCUGAAGGACCUGGAGUCCAUCGACCCCGAGUUCUACAAGUCCAUCAUCUGGGUCAAGGAGAACGAUGUGGAGGAGUGCGGGGUGGAGCUCUAUUUUGCUCAGGAUAUGGAGAUUUUAGGGAAGGUCUCCACACACCAGCUGAAGGACGACGGAGAGGAUCUGCUCGUCACCCAGGAGAACAAGGACGAGUACAUCAGUUUGCUGACGGACUGGAGGUUCUCCCGGGGGGUGGAGGAACAGACCAAAGCGUUCCUGGACGGCUUUAACGAGGUCGUUCCACUCGAGUGGCUUCGUUACUUUGAUGAGAAGGAGCUGGAGUUGAUGCUGUGUGGGAUGCAGGAGAUCGAUCUGAGUGAUUGGCAGAAGAACACCAUCUACCGCCACUACACCAAAAACAGCAAACAGAUCCACUGGUUCUGGCAGGUGGUGAAGGAGAUGGAUAAUGAGAAGAGGAUUCGGCUCCUGCAGUUUGUUACAGGAACGUGUCGACUACCAGUAGGAGGAUUCGCUGAACUGAUCGGGAGUAACGGACCGCAGAAGUUCUGUAUAGAUAAAGUGGGGAAGGAGACGUGGCUGCCGAGAAGCCACACCUGUUUCAACCGGCUGGACCUGCCGCCGUACAAGAACCUGGAGCAGCUCCGUGAGAAGCUGCUCUUCGCCAUCGAGGAGACCGAGGGCUUCGGCCAGGAGUGAAAAACACAAAAUAUUUAAGCGAUGCUCUCCGCUCACCGCUGGGCAGGAACAGGACGUGACUAAUCACACAACUAGUUAAAUUAGUAGUUUAUCAGCGGCGGUCGGGAUCAUCAUGUUAAAAACACAUCAGAAUAUAAAUGUGCUCAUAAAAAGCUUCUAAAACUUCUACAAAUAUCAAUAAAUAGAAAAAUAUCUGCAGAGAGCAGAACUUUCACAUCACAGUCUGUCCUGAGAUAAAAAAACAAACAGACCAAAUCCAUGUAAAAUGUCCCUUUAAGCUUCCUGUAGGUGGCGCUAGAGAGUUCAGUCAAAUGUCGUAUCUACAGCAGGACUGAAGUGUUUUCACACCAGCAGCAGCUUCAGCUUCUUUAAAACCCUCAUCUAUACAAAACAAUACGGGAGCACCACAGGGUGCGCCUCACUUCACGUACAUCCGCCGAGCCGCCACUACACAACCGCAAGAGCCAAGAAACUGUAAAGUAGCUUUUACAGUCUUAAGCAAAAGUUUGUGCACCCCUGAACACACAAAUAUAAUAAAGAUCCUGCAGUUGAAAUGUAUCGUGUGUUUUUAAUCUGCGAAUCAAACAGAUAAAAAUAAAACGUGCCAAAAAUGUCGGGUUUAAUUUUACAUGUUUUCACUUACAAAAUUAAUCAAACACAGAAUUUAAUCAGGGGUGCACAAACUUUUAAAUAAAAUUCUGGUCACACCAGAAACUUUGUGAAGUGGGCGUGGUCGGGCUGAGACCGGGUUCACCUCUGUGGUUCGGUCAACAGUUUAGUCGUGUGUAAUUUGGGAAUUUAUUUCAAUUCUACAAGUUUUAUGAAUGUUGUUGUUGGUGUGAAAAAAGACUCAGGUGUGACCGGAACUUUAAUUAUUUAUUUAAAAAAAAGUCCUUUUUCCAGCUUUUAUACCACGACUGGUUACGUUUCUAACACACGUUAGCAUUUAAAUCAUUACAUUUAUUAAUCAAACGUCUAUAAAAACAAAGAUAAUCAAAGAACUCUAUAAAAGAACUCUAUAAAAACAGUUCUGAUGAUUUUCUGGAGGAACUUCCUUGUUUUCUUUGCUUCAUCACAAGUUUAAUCUUGCCAAACUAAAUAAUUCCUGCUGUAUAAAUCCACAUCAUUUAUUUUACUUGUUUGUUUAGGAAGAUGUAAAUACAGGAGAAGCAUCAGUCGCUCUCGAUCUACUUUAGAGGAAUUAAUACACGUCACCUGUCAGCCAAUCAGAAACCAGGAUUUUCAGUGGCCAUAAUGUAACAUGAUAGUUAAAAUGUUCGCCGGAACUCGUGCGCGUGCUCUGCUGCGUAAAUCAUCGAACGAUAUUAAAAUAAUGUAAAUAUCAGCAUUUUAAUCAGCACUGCAUAAUAAAAUAAUAAUAAAGUGGUUUUGCACCACCUGUGUAAUUACUGCACUCAGCAGCGCCUACUAGUGAUGAAACCCAGCGCGUGGUGCAGGGAAGUGUGAGCGCAGGCCGUGUGUGUGUGUGUCUGAGAGGUGAUGUGUGUAUGCGCUGUAAAAUACUGAAUCAGAAUCACUUUUAUUUUGUUGAUUUUUUAUUGAUAGUGUUAAUAGUGGUGAGGGCUUCAUUACACUGUACAGAGAUAGUGAGGAUGAUGAGGAUGAUGAGCGAGAGUGAAACUGAUGUACAAACAUUCAUGAUUAAACUCAAGAUGUACAAAA